UCUCAAACCAUUCUCAGAGACUGUUUAUUCUUAUUAUAAGUUUUCAGAAGCUUAAUCUCUUUAACAAGAAUGGAAGGAGGAAAGGUUGGAAAGGGAGGAAGGAAAGGUGGAGACAGGAAGAAAGCAGUAACAAAAUCAGUGAAAGCUGGAUUACAAUUCCCAGUUGGUAGAAUCACUCGUUUCUUGAAGAAAGGUCGUUAUGCUGAACGUGUUGGUUCCGGUGCUCCGGUCUAUCUCGCCGCCGUUCUGGAAUAUCUAGCUGCCGAGGUUUUGGAAUUGGCCGGAAAUGCUGCUAGGGAUAACAAGAAAUCAAGGAUUAUACCAAGACAUGUUCUAUUAGCAGUAAGGAACGAUGAAGAAUUAGGAAAGUUACUCGCCGGUGUUACUAUUGCUAGCGGCGGAGUUCUUCCAAAUAUCAACUCUGUUCUGUUGCCAAAGAAGGGUCUUGACAAGGAGGCUACUACACCUAAAUCUCCUGCUGGGAAAUCUCCAAGGAAAGCUGCUGCCUAAUUUUCUUGCUUUUAACUUGUCUGAGUAAAGUCUACUAGUUUUUAUGAUUUGAAAUCAGUUUCGGGUUUCAAUGUUCAUAUUGUUUACUAGAAUAUAAGCUAAUCAAUGGAAUCGGUCUUUUAAUCUCCA